AUGGGAAGAUUAUUAGAUAUCUAUUUCGGGAGUAAUAAAGGGAAGAACUGGGAAAAUUAUGGCUUCAUACGGUUCAUCAGGGUAUCUGAUAUCAAAGCUUUGGAAUCGAAAUUGAACGGUGUUGCAUGUAGGAACAACAACCUUGAGAUUAACGUUGCAAGGCAUGGCCAGAAAACACCUCCACUACCUCCCAACAAAAUCAACAAGAAUUCAAGAACUACUGUCCCCCGGGACAAAACACUAAAAUCAAUGGAGGUGGACUUACUGAUCAUAGAACCUAUGCUCAAGUUACUGGUCGCUACAACUUAA